GGCCACUAUAUAAACCCUCAGAAUCUCAGUUAUUCCUCCUUGCAUAUCUUUCACUAAAUAAGUACACACUUCUCCAUCCAUCCUUCCAUCUCUGUCCCAGCAAAGCUUCCUUUUUCUCUCCGAGCAUGGAAUUAGCUCAGACCCUCUUCCUCCCUCUCGUUCUGUGUCUUCUCUCUCUUUUAACACAACAAAGUGCGCUACUGGUCUCAGCUGGUCACCACCAUGGUCACCAUGGCCAUCACCACCAUCAUACACACCGAUACUUGUUCGAUUGGCGUCCAACGAAACUGUUUGUUUUCGGAGACUCGUACUCCGACACAGGCAACAACAUGAAGUCUGUGACCAAAUCUUGGAAAUAUCCUUACGGAAUCACCUUCCCGGGAAAACCCACCGGCCGUUUCUCCGAUGGCCGCGUCCUCACUGAUUUCCUUGCUAAGUUUGUAGGGGUGAAGUCUCCAAUACCAUACAAAUUUAGAAAUGUCGGAGUUAAACAUUUGAAAUACGGAAUGAAUUUCGCAUAUGGAGGCACCGGUGUGUUCAACACCUUGGUUGCGGCACCAAACAUGACCACCCAAAUCGAUUUUUUUCAGCAAUUCAUCAAAGACUCCGUUUUCAAUGCCCAAGACCUACACUCCUCCGUGGCAUUGAUCACUCUUGCUGGCAAUGACUACGCAUAUUACCUGGCCCUGAAUAAUUCUUCUGAGGGUUUUAAACCUUUCAUAACAUCAGUUGUAAAUCAACUAAGUGUGAACCUGAAACGUGUCUAUGACUUGGGAGUGAAGAAAAUAGUUGUGACAGCUCUACAACCUUUGGGAUGUCUUCCUGGUAGCACAGCCGAAUUAUCAUUCCAGAAGUGCAAUGGAACACAAAACUUGCUGGUCGGUUUCCACAACCUCUUGUUGCAGCAAGCUAUUGCCAAGUUGAACAAUGAAUCCAAGAGUUCUUUCAUCGUUCUCGAUCUAUAUACCUCAUUCAUGUCCGUGCUGAAGAAUAAAGGAGACCAUCUAGGAAGCAUAAAGUUUGAGAACCCGUUGAGGCCAUGUUGUGUUGGUAUAAGCAGUGAAUACGAUUGUGGGAGUGUCGAUGACAGUGGAGCGAAGAAGUACACCAUAUGCGACAACCCGAAAUCUGCAUUCUUUUGGGACGGUGCUCACCCUACUCAACAGGGCUGGCUUGCUGUGUAUUCAGCUUUGCAAGGCACACUUGAAGAAUUGUACUAGAAUUUCCAAUUAAGCGCGCCAGUCAAUAUAGUAGAGCUAUGCCAUGAUAGUUGAGUGUCUGUCUGAUUUGUAUCUACUAGUCUUAUUUUAUUUUAUUUUUUUGGUUUAGGGUUUUA